AUUCAAUGAUUCAUCGUGCCUCAACCCAACUCAAAGAAAUUUUCAUUUCCUCUAUAAGCCAUAAUGAAGAUCUCCAAGGUGUCUAUGGCUCUCGCUUGCCUCCUGGCCCUAGCCCUUGUCAUCCCCUCCCAUGCCCAAGACUCACCACAAGACUACCUCGACGCCCACAACGCUGCUCGUGCUACCGUCGGUGUGGGCCCCAUGUCUUGGAAUGAUACCGUUGCAGCCUAUGCACAGAACUAUCUCAGCCAGCACAUUGGUGACUGCAAAAUGGUGCACUCAGGCGGCCCUUAUGGUGAGAACCUUGCAUGGAGCAGCGCCGGCUUAUCUGGCACGGAUGCUGUCGCGAUGUGGGUUAAUGAGAAGUCCGACUAUGACUACAAUUCCAAUAGUUGCGCCCCAAAUAAGGUUUGUGGACACUAUACUCAGGUUGUGUGGCGAAACUCAGUCCGCUUGGGGUGUGCUAAGGUGAGUUGCAACAAUGGUGGGACUUUGAUUAGUUGCAACUAUGAUCCGCCGGGCAACUACGUUGGCCAGAAACCUUAUGAUCCGGCGGGCAACUCAGUCCGCUUGCGCCCCUUGGUGCUGGCAUACAUCUACAUGUGUAAGCAGCCCAUUGGCCCACGUGGUGCUAGUCACGUGGGUAUGUUUGUACCGAAGCUCCUUCAGCUUGGGCCAACAGGUGGUACUCUAGGCCCGUUAUGCAUAGUCCUGGGGUACUCUAGGCCCGUUAUGCAUAGUCCUGUUUGGGCGUUGGGCCCGCUGGGCCUAUUCCAACAUUACUCCCCCCUCAGCGUUCGGUUGACGAACUGGGAUGUGUGUUGGGCCUACUCCAUUCCAGACGGGUUUAACAGCUUGCAGCCGACCUCGACAAGGGGCGAGCUGAAAGGUAAAACGAAAAGGGGCGGGCUCGCGAGCUUGAGAUCGUGUGGGCGAGCUGGUAUUCACAGCCACAUUAGUGUGGGCCGGUCAUGGCGGCGAGCUGAAGUGAUUGGCAAUAGGCGAGCUCGCUCGGGGACCAUCCCUGCAUGGAACGCCCGAGCAGCUCGUAUUUGUGGCGACCUGAGCUUGAAGCACUACCGAAGUGCGACCAGGAGGUGUGACCUCACCUUUAGGGCGAUCUGGGGUAGCCGUUGAUUUACGUAAGAGUUUGUGACCCGUGCGAGCUGCAAUCCGUGUAUCGACCUGUCAAAUGUGGCUGCCGCCACAACGUGUGACGAGCUGGGUCUUGGGGGAAUUUCAGCAAAAGAUCCACACUUUUGAACGAAUUGUCACGGGUGGGCCGAUCUGACGUAAUGUCAUGUUUGUAACGACCGGGUAGGUGUGCUCGCUAUGGCGAGCUGAUGUGGCAGUACAAGGUACACAUCAGCAUUGACGAUCUGAAUCUUGGGAUUUUUUGAAUCAAACAGAUCUCUGAGG